CGAAAACAUUCGAGCCCACACAACAAACUAUUCGUGGUGAGAAUGACGAACAAUUUAAAGAUUGCGCUGGUCAUCGCCAUUUUUUGGGCGGGCGCUUGUUGCGCCGAUGAGAAUCAAGGCAAACUCAUGCAAACUCAGGAUUUGCAACCAGUCGAAGCGAAAGCCAAGAAAUAUGGUUAUUAUGGAGGUGGGGGAGGAUAUGGUGGAUAUGGAGGCGGGGGCUAUGGAGGCGGAAGUUACAGCGGAAGUUACGGCGGAGGCGGGGGCUAUGGAGGAGGCGGGGGCGGAUACGGGGGAUAUGGAUAUGGAGGCGGGGGCUAUGGAGGAUACGGCGGAGGAAAGGGCAAAGGAAAGGGAAAAGGAGGAUACGGGGGAGGUGCUGGAAGUUACGGCGGGAGUGGAUAUGGAGGAGGAGGCUACGGCGGGAGCGGGAGUUAUGGUAGUAGCGGCGGCAGUUACAGCAGCGGAGGCAGUGGCUACAGCAGUGGCAGCAGUGGGUACAGUGGUAGCAGUGGCAGCAGUGGGUACAGUGGUAGCAGUGGUAGCAGUGGCAGCAGUGGGUACAGUGGUAGCAGCGGUAGCAGUGGCCACAGCGGUAGCAGUGGAGGAAGUGGUUAUGGAAGUGGUGGCGGAAGUGGAAAAGGUGGAGGCGGAAGUGGCGGAGGAAAAGGCGGAGGAGGUGGAGGAGGAGGAGGAGGAAAAGGAGAUGGAGGAGACGGAGGUGGUAGCGACAGCAGUGAGUGCGGAUGUUAAUCUUUUCAGAUGACAUAAAAAGAUAUAAAAAACAAAUUUAUUCAAAAUCUUUAAAUCAAAUCAUAUGUUUUAGUGUUUAUUCGACAUUAACAUUUAACCGCAUUUAACAUGAAAUCGGAAUGUAGAAAAAUAUAUCAAAAUUCACUGAUUCUCGUCUGUUACAAGAAUGAAAUAAAAGUAAUAAUGAAAUAAAAAUAUUCCAACAAA